AAGUGCGCAACAGUCCGGAAGUGGUCAGUCUGCUAGCUAAUUCUUACAACGUCUAUCUACCUCUUUCAGACUGGUAACCAAUUGAAUUCUUAAGGCUGUUUGGGGUUCUAUGGAAGAGAUGUCAGGAGAGAGCGUGGUGAGCACGGGGUUGCCUGCAGCUACGACCCGUACCACUUCGUUCAAAGGCUCCAGCCCCAGCUCCAAGUAUGUGAAGCUGAACGUGGGCGGUGCGCUCUACUACACCACCAUGCAGACGUUGACCAAGCAGGACACCAUGCUCAAGGCCAUGUUCAGCGGCAGGAUGGAGGUCCUCACAGACAGCGAAGGCUGGAUUCUGAUUGACCGUUGUGGGAAACACUUUGGGACCGUCCUGAACUACCUGAGGGACGGAGCGGUGCCCCUGCCCGACAGCCGGAGGGAGACGGAGGAGCUACUGGCGGAGGCCAAGUACUACCUGGUCCAGGGCCUGGCGGAUGAAUGCCAGGCCGCUCUGCAGAACAAAGACGCCUACGAGCCGUUCUGUAAAGUGCCCCUGGUGACAUCAUCGAAGGAGGAGCAGAGGCUCAUCGCUACCUCGAACAAGCCAACAGUCAAACUCCUGUACAACAGAAGCAACAACAAAUACUCCUACACCAGUAAUUCCGACGACAACAUGCUGAAGAACAUCGAGCUGUUUGACAAGCUGUCGCUGCGCUUCAACAACCGCGUGCUCUUCAUCAAGGACGUGAUCGGGGACGAGAUCUGCUGCUGGUCCUUCUACGGUCAGGGCCGCAAGAUCGCCGAGGUAUGCUGUACCUCCAUCGUCUACGCCACGGAGAAGAAGCAGACCAAGGUGGAGUUCCCCGAGGCUCGCAUCUACGAGGAGACCCUCAACAUCCUGCUGUACGAGUCCCAGGACGGGCGCGGCCCUGACAACGCCCUCCUGGAGGCCACGGGGGGCGCGGCCGGCCGCUCCCACCACCUGGACGAGGACGACGAGCGCGACCGCAUCGACAGGGUUCGCCGGAUCCACGUCAAACGGCCCGACGAUCGCACGCACCACCACCACCAGUGACUGCUGUCCUGUCAAGCAGCAUCCCCCAGCCCCGCUCCCCCACACUCCAGGAGAGCACUCUGGGGCUGGACUGUCGCCUGUGCCUUACACCCCAUGCCUCUCUCGCUUCUCUCUCUCGCUUCUCUCUCUCUCUCACUAGCGCUCUGUCUCACUAGCGCUCUCUCUCUCUCGUCCUACCACCCUCUAAACGUUGGCUUGGUGAGAGGGUCCAAACUUAAACUGGUUUGAAAUGGUGAAUUCCCUUUUUUAGUAGUUAUUUGAUGAGUGUUUUAUUGUCUUGUGUGAAGAGGUGUUUCGCUGUUCUGUGUGUCCCAGCAGAGUCUGAGUCUGGAGGUCGUGUAUGUUAGUGUAUGAACCUGCAGUAUUUGUUUUUAAUAGUCGCUCUGGAUAAGAGCUUCUGCUAAAUGACUAAAUGUAAUAUGAAAAGGAUUUUAUGCAUAGUAAUAGCUCCAGUAGAAAUCAUUGUCAAUGUGUGUUAAUCCGUUUCCCUCCUUACAGCCUCGAUAAACAGCCAGAAAAAUAAGAGCCAUGUGAUAUGUGCAGUAGGCAAGUCGAUGUUUAUUGUCUAAUACUGUUUUGGUAUGUCAAACGUGCUCAUUUGUCACUUAGUGUUAAGACCCCUGAUCAUGGCAGGGAACUUGCUGUUCCAGAAAUCCCCACUAGGAGGCAGCGGUCUAUCAGAAGAUGGCAGCCUUCGUUGUAGCCAUGAGGUCAUGGCCUCAUUUGAAUUCAUUUGUAUUGAAAUCACAAUCACAAUACCCAUUGUUGAAUAUGUCCGAUUUGGAGGUAAUGGAAGCUGUAGCCUAUUUCAGAGCCCCGUAAGACAUCUUUUUUUUAAUGACUAUUUAAUGAAGUGUUCCUAAGUUCCUCGCAAGUGAUCAUUUCAAAGGGGAGAACCUGAGCUGUUGCAGGAGGUGUUGAGUGUUCCAGGGUGAUUGGAUGAUGGAGCCCAUGGCUGGAAUGAAUGAGUGAAACCAGACCCCCCCCCUCAGUGAAAGAGGCCAGUCUGCCAACAAGCUUUUAACAGCCAGAGGAAUUAGACCUGUCCCUCAUCAUGACAGUCAUUAAGACGCGUGUACUGUGUCCACAAGCCAGAUGCAAAUGUGUGUCUUUUUAACAAACUUCGGUACUUCUAGAUAAAUCUGUUUCUACAAACAAACAUGCACACAGAAUAUUUUACAUAUACUGUAUUUAUACCUACAAUAAAGUAUUUAUACCAGCUA